AUAACAAUAUAUGUUACAGCUGUGAUAUGAUUAUGAAAGAGCCUCUGAAGGAACAAGAAAUACUUCUAUUAAGGUAGAAGACUGCAUGUACUGCAUUUAUUAGAAUGGAGCAGACCUUUCUUUUGGUUUUACAAGUAGUCUUAUGGCCCACUCUUGCAGCCUUGUUCACAGUGGAGGUGGACAGUCCAUUCCACGUGGCAGAGUUCGGCGGUGUAGUCACCAUGGGUUGCAGGUUCCAACCUGGGGGCCAGGGCCCAGACUUGUCAGUGAUAUGGCAUCGCAUCUGGCCUCCUCCAGUUGUGGAGGUGUACAGGCUGGAGAACAGACAGGAAGACCUCACUUCCCAGAAUCACCAGUACCGUGGCAGGGUACGAUUGGUGACAGAAGAGAUGACCAAUGGGUGGGCCAAGCUAGAGGUGUCUAUGCUGAGGAUCAAUGACUCUGGGACCUACCAAUGCCUCGUGGAAAUGGCGGGAGCUGAUUACAAACAGACAACUUUGACUGUUAAAGCCUCCUAUAAAACCAUUGUUAAAAGCAUGAAGAGGCGUCGGGGGGAUGAGGUAGAGCUGGUCUGUGAGUCUGAGGGCUAUCCUCUGGCCACGAUGACCUGGAAAGACAGGAGUCUCGGGAACAUAAAGUCCAAUGACACCACUGUUAGAACUCCAGACCAGCUGUUCCAAGUCACCAGCACGAUAACAGUGAAAUCCUCUGACAAAAACAACUACACCUGUGCCUUGGUGGAGGAAGGGGACGUUCCAAAGGGUCCAUCAGCCAGGUUUGACAUCCCAGAUGAAAUAGACCUACCACCAGCAAUGCAUAGUAAAAGUAAAUGUGACACCCUUUCUAUUGCAUUGGGCACAUCACUGACAGUGGCCAUGGUCAUUGCUGCUGCCAUCUUUGGCUAUCGCAGAUGGAGAGGGAGGCCCGGGGAUCCCAGCACCCCAAGCACUAACACCCUCCUGGCUCAGCAGAGAUGGGACCUGGACCCCUUUUAGUGUCUAGCAGCUUCAACUGGCCCCGGUGAUAAACUGUCAGAGGGUCACACAGAUGACCUGCUCCAGGAGGUCGUAGAGAAGGAGCUUGUCAGGACUGUGCUGACGCUCUUCAUUGAGACUGUAAACUGUGUGCGAAGGACUGAGAGCACAAAAGGACUCAUGUACACUCACAUUGACUCUGUCAGAUAAAGUUGAAUCAUGUUACAUUUACUGAUACCUCAAGGGACAUGUUUUACGUUUCUAUGUUAACACAUUUCACAUUAGUUUUGAUAACAACAAACCACUGAUAAUUGUGCUUAUACCCAGUGGCGAUUUUAGCAUGUAAAUCUUGGUGGGGCAAAUGCCACCAUUUUUUUUAAUGCAUGCCAGCAAAGCCACA